GCCAAAAGAAUCCAAAGAUUCACGGGAAUUGUCUCCUAGCAACCCGUGUUUGUGCUGGGAGCAUUGUGUUCGUUUUGAGGCCCAGGUUUUAAUGGCGAAAGGAUCUCAAAAUGAACAUUGAACUGCUCUCCGAUCGCCUGGCCGCAGCAAACCUCGCAACGCACCAGAACCGAGAGCUGCACCGACAAGAGAGGAUCUUUAACUCUAAAGUUAGAACUCUUGGGGUUGAUCAAAUUGGAUUUCAGCACCAGGUGAAAGAAAAUGAGAAAAAAGGGGAAUCUGCAAAAGAUUCAUCGCACGCAUUUGCUGCAGACAUGUUGCAAAACGAUAAAGCCGCUUGCAUCCUGGACGGCCGUCAGCGGAAGGAGGAGAGGCUUCUGGAGCAGGCCCUGGACGACUACCGACGCUGCUACCAGCAGCCCCAGCACCGCCGGGAGCAGGACCUGAGCCACCCCGAGCCCAUGGCGGCGCCGGGCACCGCGGGGCUUCAGAAGACGCUCCCGGGUCUGUUGGGAGAGGACCCGGGGAGCGGGGAGCGGCUGCAGAGGCAGAAGGAGCAGCUCAGAGGCUGGUCUCAGCAGCAGCAGCAGGAGCUAGAAGCAGCCAGACACCAGCAGAAGCGAGCAGAUGAGCUUUAUAAUCAGAGCAGAAUAAGCGUGGACAGCAAAGCUCUUCAGCUUCAGGAGGUUGAGCAAGCAACUAGGAAGGCACUAGCUCAUGCUGAUAAAGACUUCAAUCUGGCCAAGGCAGCAGAGAACAGAGAGACGCAUCGCCGGGCCAGGGAGAAGACUGAGGAAGACAAACACCAAGCCGACGUCCUGAUGCUCCUCCAGGCUGACCGGGAGAUGGAGGCCUCUCAGGAAACAGCUCUGCAGGCCUUCAGGCAGAGGAUCCACUUCAACCUGCACCAAGUGGAGGAGAAGACGAGGACUCGAUGGGAGAAGCAGCAGAAGGAGCAGCGGGAGGAGCAGCUUCGUGUGGACUUGGCGCGCUCGGCUGUGCUGCUGGAGAGACAGCAGAGCCGGACUCACAGGAUGCAGAGACAAGAGCUGGACCAGACCAACGCUCAGCUGGCCCAGGCGCAGAGGCAGCAGAAAAAAGCCCUGGAGAAGGAAUGCUUUGGCGACUUUGAUGACAGCUACUUCUCCAAGUUCAAUACCAGCAGCCGAUAGGAUGACAUCUGCAAUGAUCCGGUCCAUUCAGCGAUUGUGUUGAACUAACCAUGCUUCAAAAUACCUGCAAUUGCUGUUUUAACCUGGUCGUAUUAGGUUAAAUGUGUUAAUCUGCAAUGUGUGCAUUCAGUCGUUUAUUUCGGAAAUAUUUACUUCAUGGCCUAUAUUUUCCAAGAAAUUUACAUUUAAGAAAAAUCUAAAAUCUUUAUUCAACAUCUCAAAAGUACAAUUUCAUUCAAUUUCACAUGUUAAAAAAUGUGCAGUGUAGAACAAAUCACAGCAGUUGCAAAUCCUCCGCAAAUUAGGGCAAGUGUAAAGAUAUUUCAAUUACUGCAUUAUUAAAAACCUCCAACAUGUCUUCAACGAAA